AUGGCAUCUCAGCUCAAUAAGGCGUUACUAAACAUGUCGUUAGAGGAAGAAGAGGAACCUUUUGUUCUGCCUGACAAUCCAGAGUAUUACUCUACGGGUCGAAACUCUUUGAGUUUGGUUGGGCGGAUUCUGAAUCCUCAAUGUCAGGCCAUGUAUGAUGUAAUUUUAGAUAUGCCACACAAAUGGAAACUAUACGACAGAGUCAAAGUGCAUACGUCGAACUUAUGGCCGCUCGCUUUGGAAAUAUGGGUGGAGAGACCUCCUGCAGAUUAUCUCCAAUACCUAUACAUAUGGGUUCGGAUGAGGAACGUUCCAAUCAAUCAUCGAUCUGUGAAAGCUCUUUUCACUUGGGCGGGCUUUGCAGGAGAAGUGAUUGAAGUGGCUUACGACCCUGAAAAGCCUCAAGUUAAAGAUUACAUAAGGGCUUAUAUAAAAUUUGAUGUUUCCAAACCCUUGAGAAGAUCAAGAAAGGUCACAAUUCCAGGUGGUGAAGAAGUGAACAUUUUAUAUGAUUAUGAAAGGAUCCAGAAAAGGUGCUAUACCUGUCAGCGCCUUACUCAUGAACAGCCUCUCUGUCCUCUUUUCAAGAAGGAGCAAGGUGUGACAGAAAAAAUCGCAACUUCCUCGGCAGAGAGCAUUCUUUCGGUGAGAAUGGAGAUCGCUGAUGAAAAUGACCCACUCUUUGGAGUGAUUCCUGAGAGUCAUCUUGGUCUCGACCCUCUCUCAGGAAAACCAAAGAUUGCGAAAGAAGUAUUGGAAGGGAUGAGAGCUUACCUGGCUGUACCUGAGGGCCCAGAGAAGAUAGCAAGAAUGGAAAGAGUAAGGAAAUCUAUUGAAGAUCUUGGAAAUGAUCCCAUUGGCCAAAAGACGAUGCUCAUGUUGGAACCUGCCCCUACAAUCACAACUAACUUGGAUAAAGGCAAAGGUUUUGUUUUCAACUUCUCACAACAGAAAGAGGUUGGCUAUAAACCAGAUAAGUUAAUGGCGAGUGCAAUUGAUGCUGGUAAUAGAGUUUUGCAGUAA